CAUCCACCAACCUCCUCCAUGAACAAGCUUCAUCUGUACAACUAACGAAUGGAUCUUCCUACUGUUACAGAGGAAGAUCUGCGAGGUUUCCAUUCCAAGCACUUCCCAUCUGCCCCACUUCCCGCGGUCUUCUUCCAUGUCGACGACACGUCUGUCGAGGCAUACGAGGAAGAAGAUGACGACGGGCUGGGCUACUACGUAGACGGCGUGAAGCGUACUCUCACCGACGAACAGAUUGCCAUCUUUCGGCACACUGAGAUCCAGACGAUCAUCAAAGAGCUGCGACAGGCUCGCCAAGACAAGGAAGCCGAUGGAGCAUGCACGCCAACCAGCGAGGAGUCAGACCACGGGUUGAAGAAAACCAUGGCUGAGUUCACGCCCUAUGGAGAGGGCGUGAAGCGGAAGAGGCUCGACUUGUCCUCACUAGUACCCCGAAAGCGCUCCAACAACCGUCUGCCUGAUCCCGAACCCGGCUGGGAAGAUAUCAGCAAAAUGCGCAACUGGGAGCCGGAGAUGACUUGGGAGGGUGGUGACAAAUCUCCAGAUCACUUUGCAAGCGAUGAGAUGGACGACAAGAUGCCGAGACGCGUCGCGAGAGAGGAGGAUGACCUCAAAGUUGAAAAUAUAGAGCUGGACUACUGAAGUCGAAGGCAGCCUUGAAAAUCUGAUUGCAACGUGCAGCCUCACCCCGGACAGGACCCACAGCUACGACUAGCUAAUUCAAUGAUCUCUCACAACCUCAUCCUGGUUAGUACUCAUCUCGUACCUUCUUUCUGAUCUAUGCAAUGAUGAGCACAAUAUCAUCCUUAGUCCGAGCCUGGCCUCGACUAACUCUCCUGAAGACGGUCCGUCCUCUCAUGCAUUGCACUCUGUGUGAUUGGGCUGGCUGUCCGACGUUGUGACCUGCUUGGUUGGCAAUGGGGACGCCGAAUUAAUCUUCUCUCUGAUUCAGACUUUAUGCACCAGCGUUAUCGUUUCUUCAACUUUUGUCUUCGCAUAUAUGCUAAUACAAGGAGUCACAUAGGCAUAAAGGAACACCAGCGCGUACAUCUAGAGUCCUAGGAUAUCAGUCUACGUAUACUUGGGCGCCACGGUCUGAAGUCCUUCCAUA